AUGUUUUUUCGCUUCUUAAUCUAUUUUUUGUGCGGUAGAGUGGAAACGUUCGCUUUGAAUACACUGCUGGAUGGGUAUGACCACGAAAUAAGCCCGUACUAUGCGAGCAACAGAACAUUGGUCGUCAAUAUUUCGAUGCCGAUUCUCGUGCUCACCUACUACUACAGUCAAGAGCAAAUGGCGGCUUUCGGCCUCGAGAUUUGUCUAGAGUGGGUCGACGAAAGACUUCGUUUCAAUCCAUUCGACUACAAUAACCACACACGUCUCUAUUUGCCAGCUGCAAGAAUCUGGAUUCCUCCUUUUUAUUUAUCCAACGCAUUCUCUGCUAAAGUCACCAACCAUGCAAGGGCUCCCGAAGUGGAGGUCAGUUCAAAUGGGAAAGUUGUCUUCAAAGAGCUUCAAUACGCAAAAAUCAGCUGUGGGACCGUCGUGAAUCGUUUCCCCUUUGACCUUCAAAUGUGUAAUGUUCGGGUGAGCAACUCGAUCACCAACCAAUCGGCCAUGCAAUUCCAUGCGCGAAAAUGGGAAAACGCCGAAGUCGCGGUCUUGGCUGAGUUCAGUUUGCAGAAAUAUUUCAUACAAAGCUUAAAGCCGGAUCGUGUCGAUAUAAACCCAGAGGUCACGUUCUGUUUCGCAAUCCAGAGAAAGGCUUUUUAUUAUAUUCUCGUCAUCGUUCUCCCAUCCACUCUUAUCACGACGUUGACAAUCACCGGAGUUUUAUUGCCGACUCCAGAAGCUGAGAAAUCGGAUCCAGUAAGCAUCGGGCUUACAUCGCUAUUGGCUUUGGCUAUCACCCUGACCGUUGUCGCCGACAAUAUCCCGCGAACAACAACUGUCCCACUUAUUGUCUGGUUUCUUUUGGUUUGCAUCACUCUGUGCGUCAUAUCGAUAAUUUUCGGAUUGCUCACUGCUCGACUCAUGUCAAUGGCCAGGAAAUCGGCCAGCGUUCUUCCAAAAUUCGUCAAUUUCUUGACGGAGUACUACCAAAAGGCAAAAGUUCCCAACGACGAGAGGCCGACGAAAAACUCCCUAAAGCGGGUCAUCAAAACCUUUUCGUUCCUGGUUUUCUUGGUGAUGCAGCUGUUGUUGCUGUGCAAUCUAAUCGUCUUUUUCUCCUUUGCCUGGAACCGAAAAAACCUGCAUCUCGAUCCGAAUUUGGACAAACACAAGGAUUAUCCAUUUAUUCUUAUUUUG